AUGAAGUAUGGAGGAUACUUCUGUCGGCCUCCGCUAAACACCGAAACCUUCGUUCGUCGGCUCGAAAAGUUUGCAGUGGAGCAUCCUACAGGCUCUCAUCCAAGUGCUUUGGUGGAUUGUAUUGUUGCGGCACGCCAUCUUCAACAAAAUCACCAUCGAAAACCUCACACAAUUUCCACAAAAUGGUCUGAUUUGUUGCAAUUGAGACUUGUGAGUAACCAUGAGAUCGAAACCAAGCUCUGGGACUUUUUUCAGAAGCACAGAAGUCAAAUCGAUGCAAAUGUGGCUUCGAGGUACUUGCUUGAGCACCCCCAACCAAAGGUAUCUUCACGAAUUAUAGAUCUAGCGUCUACUGUAGCAGAGCCCAGCAUUACCAGAGUGGCAUUGAGGACGUUGCUACAUCAAAAAGACUAUUCAAAUAGCUUCAAUUUGGUGGACAGAGUCGUUUGUUCGCACCGAAGUUUGCGCACCGGAAGACAAGAAUGGUUACGCACGAUGAUGGUUUCACAAGCAAUUGGUGCGGCGUGGGGCAUAGCAGAGGCGUCUGUGUUAUCUGCGGAGUGGUCUCACUUUUGUGUGUCGAAUAUGGCGCUUGCUGGGUGCCUUGCAUUGGGAUUGAAUUUGGUCCAGAAUGGAAGUGGACUUUCCCGGGUCAAAUGGAGACCGUACAUGUCCCUGUUGUACAAGCACAUGCACCGGGAGGAGCUUGAAAUGGUGAAUCGCAUUGUGACCCAUUUCGAAGAGCAUAAUGAGUUGAAUGUUCGCAACUUUCAUGUCAGUGAAGCACGACAGAAUACCCCUUUAAAUAUCUUUUCCCACAACGAUAUGAUACUUGAAGCCCCACAAUCAGAAAUUGAGCAAGAAGGAGUCUCAGAAGUGGUGAAAGUACUGAAUAUGAUUCGGCUUGAAGUUCAAAAGCGGAAAAUGGUGAUGGGUCCAGUUGACGAAGAAGUGGAUUUUCUCGAGUUUUGGCAGCGCCACGGUGAUGGGUUUCAAUGGGUGGAGCCGGACCAGGACCCGGCCGAAAUCAGGCAGUGGAAAUUGCAAGAAGCAGAAAAGCACAAUUAG